AUGGGCAAGACCAAAGCCGCUCUUGUCAAGCUCGACGGGUGGUACAGACUCACCAGAUGGAGCAAGAAUAUCAAGAGACAUCUGAAGGCCCAGGGUCUCCUCGAAUUCAUCGAAUCAGAAGUCCCCAAGCCCGUCGUCGAAGCCGAUAUCGAGGAGUGGCAGCGUAAUAGAGACCUAGCCAAGCACAAACUCUGGAACUCUCUCGCUCCAAACAUGCGAUCUAGCCUCAAUUCCAGCGGGUUUAACGAGACGACCGAGGACAACCCAAAGGCGAUCUUUCACAUGAUUGUCGCAACUCUACUAAAGCAGAUAAAAUCCAUCGUUGUGGCCGAGAACCUCGAACUUGUCGAGCUGCAAGCCCCCGAUUCUGACGAAGAACGAUACCAAUAUAUAGCCGACUUCCUCAACCUUUACGACGAGCUCACGGCUAUGGGUAGCGGAUUGACAGAUGCCGUCGCGACCAGUCUCUUCAUACAUGGACACAAGGCUCAUUGGCCUAAAGUCUACGAAGACUACGUGAAAAGCGUCGACAUUGCAGCUAAUGCCGUGGGAAUUGCAUAUGGCCGAAUUCAGAGCCAUGCCCAGCGUGGCCGCAAAGCUGCAAUCACCAUCGGCGUCGACACCAUCUGCGAGUCCUCGCGCUCCACCCACAGAGACGAGUUCAUUGCAGGAGGAGACUCGCGGUCCAGCCAAACCGUAAACGCCAGAAGUCGGAAGAAUCCAAGUAGGGCACCGACGCCGGAAGACUACACAACUACAUGUAUGAUAGCUUAA